AUGCAAAUUUUUUUUUAUAACCAACAUCAUCCUUUCGACGAGGCUGACUUCAAGGGGCUUGUUAAUCGUUUGGCAGCAAUUGCAGCCAACAGGGACGGGAAAUCAUUAUUGUACCUGGCUGUUGAGGCUGGCAAAAAUGAGCAAGUUAUUGUUCAACUCAUGGACAUCUGCAUCGAAUAUGAGCUAGUGCCUAAAGGAAAAUCACCUCUCCUUCCAGCACUCAUUGAGAGGAACAAAGAUAUGCUAGCCACCAUAUUGAGAAAGAGGUCAAAUUGGAUUCACUUGAAGAAUGAAGAAGGAAGAGUUCCACUUCAUGAUGCAGCGUCCACAGGUUUCCUUGAAGGUGUUUCCUACUUAAUUGAGAAAUGUAAGUCCUGCAUUAUCGAAAGGGACAGCAAUGGUUGCUUUCCAGUUCAUUUGGCAUGUAUUGGAGGUCAUUUCAAAAUAGUUCAACAGUUGCUGAAACAUUUUCCACAUGUCAAUGAGAUUGUGGACAACAAUGGCCGAAAUUUGCUCCAUGUUGCAGCUGAGAGUGGAAAUUUCGCAGCAGUUAGGUACAUCCUCCAACAUCCUGAACUUGGGGAUUUGAUAAAUCAGAAGGAUAAUAUGGGGAACACUCCCCUACAUUUGGCCACCCUUCACUGGCAUCCCAAAAUUGUGCAUGCCUUGACUUGGGACAAAAGAGUUAAUCUCACCUUGCUGAAUCAUGAAAAUGAAACAGCUCUAGACAUUGCUGUCCGAACACGUGACCAAAAUCCACCCCUCGAACAGCGACUUACAUGGAGUGCGUUGAAAUCUGCCGGUACGCCACGAAGCUUUGUAAGGCAUCGUUCAAGAGGCACAAAAGAUGUAGUGAAAAAAGAAGAAACCGACAUGAAACAUUAUAAAGGCAGAAUUAACAUUGCUGGUACGCCACAAAGCUUUGUGAGUCAUCGUUCAAGAGGCACAGAGGUUGUAGCGGAAAAAGAAGAACCCGACAUGAAACAAGUGGAACAAGAAGAAACCGACAUGAAACAUUAUGUAGUGAAAAAAGGAGAACCCGACAUGAAACAUUAUAAAGGCAGAAUUGACACUCUAAUAUUGGUUUCAACUCUUAUAAUAACUGCAUCCUUUGCAGCUGGGUUUGCCAUGCCAGGCAGCAUAGACCGAGGAAGAGCUGUUAUGCGACAUCAUGUCAUGUUCCAUUUAUUCAUUCUCUUCCUCACAAUCUCUAUAUUUGGGGCUAUCAUUACAACCAUUAUUCUCUUAUGGGCUCAAUUAGAAGAUCUAUGUUUGAUGGAGUUUUCUCUCGUGUGUGCAAGGCCAGUUCUAGGCAUCUCCUUGAUGACAUUAUCUCUGGCAUUUUUGGCAGGUGUGUAUCUUGUGGUGAGCGAACUCAGCUGGUUGGCCUACACAUUCUUGGUAAUCAGUGUGGUUCUGAUCCUUGUGGUUGUGAUCUUAUACUCCCUCCUCUGGUUGCCCUCCCCAUCAACCUCACGAUUCUCUCGAUAUAUUUCUUAUUACCCUUUCCUUUUUCUUGCAAUGAUGGCAGAAGGAAAAAAGGAUGCCAACAAUAAGGGUUCAACUUCUGGCAGCCCUGACUUUUACUGA